CGGCGAUUGUUGUGGCGUCACCAGCGCGCGACGGCGCCAGACGGGUUCCCUAUGAGUUCUUUAAAGGUUCACAGCAGACGAUGACUACAAGUUUAAAAGCGGCUUUAAAAACCCACUUCGGGUUUGAGAACUUCAGGUCCAAGCUGCAGGAGGACGUGGUGAAGGCGGUGGUGAGAGGUGACAGGGAUGUGUUUGUGUGCAUGCCCACUGGAGCAGGAAAGUCCCUCUGCUACCAGCUGCCUGCAGUCCUGGCUGAGGGCAUUACUCUGGUUAUAUCCCCUCUGAUCGCCCUCAUUCAGGACCAAGUGGACCACCUGAAGAGUCUAAACAUCCCGGCAUGCUCCAUCAACUCCAAGCUCCCGGCAGGCGAGCGCCGCCUCAUCCUGGCUGACUUAGGGAGCAGCAGCCCCAAGCUGAAGCUGCUCUACAUCACCCCGGAGAUGGUGGCGUCUCCUUCGUUCCAGCCCUGCCUCACGGACCUGUGCACCCGCGGUUUGUUGUCUUACCUGGCUGUGGACGAGGCUCACUGCGUCUCACAGUGGGGUCACGAUUUCAGGCCGGACUACCUUAAACUUGGCGGGCUGCGCACUCGCUUGCCAGGGGUUCCCUGUUUGGCUCUGACGGCGACAGCGCCCAAGAAUGUACAAAAGGACAUUGCUCAGUCGCUGAAGCUGAGCUCGCCGCUGUCUUUUGUUACGCCUGUCUUCCGCAAUAAUUUGCACUACGAUGUGAUCUUCAGGGAGAUGCUGCCAAACCCCUACGUCCACCUCCACGCCUUCGUUAAGAAGUCACUGGCUCUGGACACCGGGUCUAAUGCACAGGGUUGUGGGAUUGUGUACUGUCGGACCAGGGAAGCCUGCGAAACUGUGGCUUACCAGCUGACCAAGCUCGGAGUCUUGGCCAAGGCUUAUCAUGCAGGUCUGAAGGCUGGAGAUCGCACAGAGGUGCAGCAUGAGUGGAUGCAGGGGAAGGUGCUGGUUAUUGUGGCCACCAUCAGCUUCGGUAUGGGAGUAGACAAGGCCAACGUCAGGUUUGUAGCUCACUGGAAUCUGGCUAAGUCCCUGGCGAGUUAUUACCAAGAGUCCGGGCGAGCUGGGAGAGACGGGCUGCCCUCCUCCUGUCGCACAUACUACUCCCCCAAAGAUAAGGAGCAGCUCAACUUCCUCAUCCGCCAGGAGAUCGGCCGCAGACAGGAAAAACGCGGCUCUGCGAAGGAGACUGACAAAGCAGCCAUCACAGACUUUGAAGCCAUGGUGUCGUUCUGCAUGCAAGAGGCUUGUCGCCAUGCCACCAUCUCCAAGUUCUUCGGAGACAAGACGCCAAACUGCGCCGGAGCCUGCGACUACUGUCGUAACCCCAAAGCUGUACGAGCGCAGCUGGAGAAGGCGUCUGCACUCAGCACCAGGACCGAAGCUCAGAGCAAACCCAGCGGACCGUUCGGUUUCCAGCCAGGCCUUUACGAAGGAGGGAGGAAGGGCUACGGCUUUGAAAGGUACGAUGAAUGGGAGGGCGGCGGGAGUGAAGAUGACGGCGCAAAUAGGAAAAAGGAGUUCUCCGACCUCUUCAAGAACCAGAUGAAAAUGCGAAAGGCAGGUGAAGGUCCGAGGGAAGACUUUGCUCCUCCAGAUGCCGACUGUCCGCUCAGAGAGGCCAGCAGUCAGAGGAUCCCCAGACUCACCGUGAAGGCCAGAGAGCACUGCCUGAGCCUCCUGCAGGAGGCAUUACAUGGCCACCAGGGGGCAGAAGAAGAUCCAUUCAACUGCGACACCCUGUCUUUAGCCGUGGAUCUGGAGCACGAGGUCUUCAAGAGCAGCAAGUCGUCCAACUUGUACAAAGCUGCCGUCUUAAAGAAGGUGUCCGAGAUGAAGAAGACAGCACCUGCUCCAGCUCGAGGAAAUUGUGACAACGAAGCAGAAGCCAAGGAGGAAGCGACCGCCUCUUCCUCCUGUUCUGACGAACUUCAGGGGUUCACGUCUGCAUCAGAGAUCUACUCAAUGAAGCGUAAGAGGGUCGGAGCAGGUCAGAGGGGAUCAUCCAACCCCUUUGUGACCGCUAAGGAGCUGCUGAAGCCGUCCAUGUUGGACAGCAAAGGGACGGAGAGCGGCAGCGAGUCCAACACAGAUGCAUCUUCGGACGUAACGUCAUCCAUCAGAGCCAGAGCGAACGCCGUCGCCGCCUCCCUGAACAGCUUGACGAAGACGGGCAAAGCCUUGAGCAAGAAGCAGCAGAAGUUAGCGGAAGCGGCGAAGAGCUCCCGCAACAUUUCCCAGUACUUUGUGAAGAAACAAACGAUGGAGAAGAGCCAGGAGGAGGAGAUGGAGGUGGACGAGGAGGAACUUGAUGCUACGUUUUCUCAUAUUACCACAGCUGACCCACAAGAAGACAGUAAAUCACAGGAACACUCACCAGAAUUGAUUCUUGUGGAGUCAGAGACUGAAGAAGAAAGCAAAACAGACGUAAUAAUUAUACCUGAUGAGGUAGAAGAGGAAGCGCUGGAGGUAGAAGAGGAAGCGCUGGAGCUAGAGCGGCUUCAGGAGACACCUAAAGAGUCCACGACAGAACCAAACAAACCAGCAGAAGAAGCUAAACCACCUCUAAUAUCUGAGAUGUCUGAUGAUGUGAAAGCAAACAGAGAGUCAUCUCCUCCAGCGAAGCGCAGCCGCCCCGCCGACGGCAGAAGAGUAACCUUCAACCCAAACGUGCAGGAGAGAGCCCUGCUCCCCGUUAAUGAGCCGCCCAAGCCCGUGACGCUGAAGGAGGCAGCUGACAUCGUGGUCCGCUACCUGGACCCGUUUUACACUCAGGGAAAGUUCGCCAACAAGGAGCUGUUUAAGUCCUUCGCCCGCUACUUGUCUCACCUCCUUGCAGAGGGGCGGAGUCGCAGUAAAGGCCAAGUUAAAGCCGAAGCCAAAGCUCUCAUCAAGAAGCUGUUCAGCAGCGUGAAGCGCUGUGAGAGCGAGGAGGACUGGAUGCACCUUAAAAGACCGCACAGCUGUAAAACCACAGAGAACAAGGAGUGAUGGGAAGGGAAAUUACGCCAUUUUUAGGGCCAAGCCCUCUUCCUCUCUGUCAGUGCCUAAAGCUUCCCUUUUCAGUGAUCUCAGGCUUCGCCACAGACGCCUGCCGACCACGUUAAUGGUUGAUUUGCUGCUAGAGUUCUGCUUUUCUCAGGCUCCUCGCUGCUACAGUAGCUUAUGUCAGUAAUAAAGCAAUAACAUAAAGGAAGCAGAGACAAAACUGCAUACUAAUACAUGACGUGUUGUUCGUGUUCCAGCUGAUUUACUGUAAAUUGUGUUUUCUUUACGUCCCUGACGACCGAACAUGUGAUUUUAAGUUAUUCAUUCAUUUCAUGACAGUAUGGAGAGUUUGUGUUACUGCACUUAAAGGUCGAGUGUGUACGAGUGCAGAAAUGGAAUAUAAUAUUCAUAACUAUAUUUUAAUUUGUGCACAGUCACCUAUAAAUAAGACUUGUUAUGUUCCUCCGCCAUGAGUCCGGCACGUUUCUGUGGUAGCCCAGAACGGACAAACUAAGCACUGACUCUAAACAAGGCGUUUCACUUUCGCCGCACAUAUCAUGCCUGGAACAGGAGGCCGAGUAGAGGGGGUCGCAAUCUGCAACCACACCGCUAGAUGCCACUAAAUCGUACACACUGGUCCUUUAAACCUUCAAGUUUGUUUCCAUGCAGUUGCUAUUUAGCAAUGAACGGAAAGUACAGCCGAGGCUGAUAGCAUUGUGUUUAGUUUGGCACUUAUUUGGUCUCCAAAGUCGUCCAGGUUCAUCCUCUGGGGACCACACGUCUGUGCCAAGUAUCAUGUCAAUCUAUCGAGUAGCUGUUAAGAAACUUUAGUCUGGACUAAAGCCGUGGACCAACCAACAAACCAACGUAGAGCCAGACCGACAGCGCGGCUAGAAACACGGGGCUGAUGUUUACCAUCUUAGUACAGCCGGCGCUGAUGUGAAUAUCAUUAGUUAUUUCAUCAUGGUUCAUCCUCUGGGGACCACACAAGUCUGUGCUGAUGUUUGACAGUGACGUGAAGAAAACAUAAUUUAAGUAAAAAGGAUAAAAUAAAUGGAAAACACUGGAACAACGUUUAGAACUUGACAUAAAGCAGACGGCUGCCUGUCGUGAUGUUUCUCCUGCUGCUACAUAUUUUUGUCUUCGGCUGCCUGACUGCAGAACAAAGUGACAUGAAAGAUAAUGCGUGACGUAAAAACUGUCGUAUGUGUUUUCUUUAAUUUAAAACCUUUGUCUUCGUCUUUUUUUGCAGAAUGGAGGUUUAUUCUUUGUUUUUGUUUUUUAGCAACAUGGUUUCCAUUGAGGGAAAUGUUCUUAGUUGUGCCUGUCAGGCCUGUGAGAGGCCACAGUUUGUCCAUGAAGAGUACUUGAAGCAGUGCUGUUGGACAAAGAGAGUCCAUCCACUCUCUGCUCAUACAUGUUUACAAUAAAGUGCUGAAGAGGAACAGACCAGC